AUGGCCAGGCAUAAAGGGCUCCAUGAUGCAAAAAAGACCGCAGAGGAUCGCAGAACUGCAUGCAGUUGCAUUCAACAGGGGGCUGCAAUGAUCCCUGGGAUUGACUAUGACCGCAUUAACACGCUGGGAGAUCGAUGCGGCUCUCCUUGUCCGUACAAAGUUUACCCCUCUACUAAUUGCUCCGAGAUAAGCUGA